GUUGGGGUCUGUUAAACGGGUGAAAUAAGUUUAGUUUUUUUUAUCCAUACAGCUGUCCUCGGAUAUGUCUCAUGCAUUGAGGACUCUUGCCACUGGAGUGUUUAGCGUGCAGAGAUCCGUGAGGGCCCUGAAGAUCCGAGGACAGCGCAGCCGCAGCGAUGCAGUGAAGGACGGCCAGAGUCAGACCUUUGAUGAGUCUCUGCUCGAGUUUCUUGUGUGUCCACUGUCCAAAAAAACCCUGAGGUACGACGAAAGGAGCAACGAAUUAAUAAACGAAGAGUUUGGUAUUGCAUAUCCCAUCAUUGAUGGUAUUCCCAACAUGAUCCCACAAGAUGCAAGAAUGAUCCAUAAGAGCAGAGCAACUGAAAAACCCUCUCAAUCUUGAGUUUAUAAAGCAAAUAUUUCAUUGUUCGUUUUCUGCCACAAUGUUUUUCUCCCUGUCUACAGUGACUGUUCUUGUACCACUGAUAUCCUUGUCUGGACUGUUUUACUCGGCAACCGUGGAUGAAAAUUUCCCUCAAGGCUGUACGAGUGCAAGCAGCGUGUGUUUUUACAGCCUGCUGCUGCCAGUAACGAUUCCUGUUUAUGUUUUCUUUCACCUUUGGAAGUGGAUGGGAAUCAAGCUGUUUAGACACAAUUAAAUCUGUAAAAGCGUGAGACUGUUUUAACUUGAGGAACUUUUGUGAACAAUGCUUGCUUGUAAACAAACUGAACAUUCAUAUAUAUAUAAGAACACUGAAUAAACAUUGAAGCAAACAAUGUAAAAUACAGAAUAACAAAGCUAUGUGCACAGAA